GGUGAGCAGGGCUGCCAGGGCGCCCUGUUUGCGGGAGUAUGAGCUGCACGCAGACUGGUGGGGGAGAAGCCGGGCUCUGCUUGAAAAGGUGCUAAUGAUCACUUAACAUAAUGACUCCAUGGCCACAUGUAUACUCAACAAGCACACGAAAUGCCUUAUUUUGGCAGCGCUAGCUUGCAAAUAUUGUCCCGUUUCUCGACAGUUGCUCAAACUAACUCGUCAGGUGAUGCUCACUUGGCUGAGUUCCCAAUAGUAGCAGAUUCCUCCGAAUAUCUACAUAAUUCCUCUUCUACCUGCAAAAAUCGUCUUUCCCAAUAAGGUAACUACUACAUUUCAGCGGUCUAUAAAACUGUAUGUGAAAUAAUUUCAUUUUUGCUAAAGUGGUCGAAAUAUGUUACUAAAACUUGGUUGCAAAUUUUAUGUUUGAUCUGGGAGAAAUAAACCCGGACAACCCUUCAUGCUUUAUUCCUGCUUGUUUGAAUUUAUCGUCCAUUGUGGUUUACCCUCGGCAGUCAUGAAGAUGCAUUAUUGCCAGGGCAGGGUCACUGCACACUGGCAGUGCCCCAUUGGAGAGCAAAGCAAUCCUGCCCUGGCACCGCACCCGCUACACGCCCCAGGGCGCACCGACCGCACCCCUGACCGGCCGCCCCGCGGAGAACCUCCCGGGCUGCCCCACUGGCAUGGCUGAGAGCCCCCUUCGUUUCUAACACUCCCCUUUGUGUCUUUAAUCGCAUCACAAUAACCAUCAGUACCGGAAUGUUAUCCGGCAAGACAAAGCGUUGUCUGCAAGUCAGCUACAAAUGGAAAAGCUGAACCGAUUAGCUGGGGAGGAGCAGUUUAAUGCUCGUGUGGUGAAACUGUUGGAACUCCCGGCCUGGCGACUCUUGAGGAAGAAGCUGUAUAACCUGGAAACUGGGCUCCCUGGGGAGGGAAAGAGAAUGGGAGGGGAAAAUUGCCAGAGCACUAACUUCAAAGCCUUUCUCCCCUGCAGUGUGUGAGCGGAGGGGGAGAAACAUGAUUGAAUUAGCACAGCGGUAAUGGCAGGGAGCCGUCUGUGCCCGUGCUCGUUAACGCCUGUCCCAAUUUGGCGAGAGCAGCAACCGGGGACUGGGAACAGGGUUGGGGUGUUCCCCCCCUGCAUCUCCCAGACACGGUGGAGCCACUCCAGGGACCUCUUUGCAAACCAGGUGAAAUUAUUCGGCGUUGUGUGCUAAUCGGGAGAGAUCUCGCACUGGCAGGCCAUUACAUCUAAUUGCUGCCCAUUAUCUCUUUCUUUGAUACGCAAUUAGAUGACAAUUAACUUGAUAAAUCCCACCGAAACGGGAGUAGGAAGAAAGAGGAGAGGUCUUCUGGUCUCGACUUGUUUCUUAUAUAGACUUUGCUACUUUUUAUUCCUAGCUUUUUCUUAAACUCUUAGGCUUCGACUUAGCGUUAUCUUCUAAUGGUAUUUAGUAGGGACCCAAUCACGGCAACUCUUUGGUAUUCAGGUAGAUUAAGUGCUUUAAUUCUUGCUUUAGUUCUUAGUUAUUCUGACCGGGCAAUUCUGAACAACUGUGGAGGUGUUACAAGUCCUCAGGCAACGUGUGAUGGUGUGCAUGGGAAUUCAAGUACUAUUUUGUUUCGAGCAAACUUGUAGUUAACUUAUCUAGACGCUUUGCCCAUUAGUUGCGCAAAGAACUCAAUGAGAUUUCCCCGAUAAAUUGUUUUUAAUGCAGAGUGCGUGUUUGUUCCCACAGCUGCUGAAUGGGAAUACCUGGGCUUGCAGCGUGUGAGCCGGCUGAAGGGGGUGCAGCACUGCCGAGUGAGUCAGUAGCAUUUGUCAUUUAUUGUGUGUUAGCCUGUAUUGUUCCCGUGGGCAAAGGAGCGGCUGGAUGAUGGCCCUGUUAGUGUUCACAGGUACUUCAAACAGAAAACCAUCUAUUCUGAAACAAUCGAUCUCGCUGAUGCCUAAUUGACUAUCUAAUAGCACCUAUCAGGACAUCAAAGGAAGCACUGAAUAACCUAGUUAGCAUUUCUAAAGGGGAGCAGCGGAGGGUACAAACAGGGAUUAGUUAUCCCACUGGCCUAGACCGAAAGCCUAGGCCGGGCCCUGCCACAGGCUGCAGUCCUGCGUGUUUGCCUGGCCCCGGCUAGAGCAGGCAGCGUAUCGUGUCUGCCCUGCGCUUCCAGCAGUGUUAACCUCGUUCCCUGCAGUCAGUCAGCUUACUUACCUCUGAAAGGCUAUCGCAGACUCUUCCUAAAAAAACUGCUGCCUGUUUCUACAGCUAAACCUACUGGGUUUCUGGGGGUUUGGAGGUGUGUGGGGUUUUUUUUUGUUGUCGUUGUGGGUUUUGUGUGUAUUUGUUUUUCUUAAAGGAGUGGAGUGGCAUUACAGUUAUUCUUAGUGCAUCCUCUAUCAUCCCCGCUUCUCUAGUUUUAGUGAGAAGAUUAUGAUAUCUUUGUGCUCUUCAGAAAGCAAUACAAGAUCUGCAUUAUGAUGGAGACAGUAACUGAGUAGCUCAGCAAGUCUAGGGUCUGGUGACCUAGUGCAUCAGCUCUUAAUCCGUGACAAAUGCUACUACAGAUGGCCUGGUACACCUUUUUUUUUUUUUUUUUUCAUGGACUACUAGUUAGAAGCAUAGCUAGUAGAAGGAAAGUUUGGAUGGUGUGUUUGAAGGACUUGGAACACCAACACCAUUCUGGAGUACAAGUACUUCAGCUUCUAGUAAAAGGUGAGCUUCUAGUAACUGAUGCAGGAAACAUUGCAGGCUGAAAAAUGGGCUGAACCUUUCCCCCAGUGAUACCUUCAUGUAUGUAGAGCUGCUACAGUCAUGCCUGUUGUCUUGGGCUCAUACUUCCUGUGUGUGCACAAAGCCCCAAAAUAAAUAUUCCCGUUGUGUACAAGAGAUCUACCAUUUUCCCCUAGAAGUCUUGUAAAAUUCACAUGAAAAGAGCAUUUUGUUCUGAUGACCUUAGCUGUAAUUCUCACAUCCUGGCAUUAAUCACUGUACCUAAAUUUCAAGGCAUCAUACUGAGUUAGAAGUGCACUUAAGUUAUCACUGCAUUACUUGAAGCAAACAUGUUUCUCGUGGUUUUAAUGCUUACAUGCAAAUGCAGAAUAAUAAAUAUUUGAAAUAUGAUUUGAAGAUAUGAGACCACUUUGUUCUUAUGAGAAAAUACAUGUAUUUUCAUUACAUGAUUUAUAAGAUUCUACAGUAUCCCUAAGUUCUGGGUAUACAGAUUUCUGACAUUAAAAUACGUUAAUUUUGCUAAAAAAUUAGAUUUAUUUUUGAUCAUGGUCAUAUGGUAUUGGAAUGAUAGAAAAGUUUCAAAUGAUAAAAAAGGAAUUGAGUGGAAGUAAAUUUGUGUCUCCUAUAAGCACUAUUUUUUUCUGAAAGAGGAGAGGAGUAUUUAACUGUAGCUGCAAAGCCUCUGUCCACCCAGGGACAUCAUAGUUUCCAAGUUUCUCAAGCUGCCACCUCUUUCUGAUGGGAGCUGCAAGAGCCACAUAACACCUCCCACCCCUUCCCCAUCUGUUCCUGGGUUUUGUGGUCCACAAAUGCAGCUAUGUUCAUCCGGGGGUGUGUGUGUGUGUGUGUAAUCCUGGGGCUGGGUACAAACAUCUUAACAGGCAAUUAAAAUUGUAUUCUAAUUAAAAGGGGGGCAGAGGGGGGCAAAAAAAAGCUCUCAGUUUUCGUUGACUUUCAACAAACAGUGGGACAGGUCAGCUGUUUCCCUGCAGCCUCAGUCAAAUAACAGGGGAAACAGCAGAAGCCUUCAGGGAUACUAACAGUUUCCCUCUAUAUAAGACACAUGAUGUAUAAAUACAAGUGUGCGUGCUGGUCUCUUUGGGCAUGGCACUGAAUGAUCAUCUCAUGCCUGGUUUAAUGUGGCAAGUGUCUCUCCCUAGAUGAGAGUCCCCGAGUGUCCUGGUGUGGGAACUACAGGCGACAGGGGACCCAGGGCUGCCUGGAUCCGCAUGUUUUAUCUGCUGGAGAACCAGUGGGAAGGCCACCCUGGCAGGAACACACUGCUUGCUGCACAGGUAUGCUCAGUUUAGGAGCUCCUAAAUCCCAGUGGUUUUCAAGUACUACCUCCAAACUUGGUUUUGGCAGGGCAGUCCGGUUCUGCAGAUGGUACACUAUCAUUAUAAGGAACAAAUUGCUGUGGAUGAAUUUAUAUGAUGGAGCCCGAGUUUCCUCUGCUUGGAUUUGUCCACACAUGGUGUUAUUCACAAAUACUCUGAAAUAAGAUGGAGACAGUAAGUAUGGUGGUACAUUUCGUUUGCUCCAGAAAACAGAGGGACCAUUCACAGGUGGGUAGUUCAGGAAUAGUUAUUAAACCCACAAGCUAUUAAAAUGAAUGUGCAGGCACUUAGCUCUUUUGGGGAGCAGUGAGUAGUCUGUCCCUCUGACUGACAUGUGUCUAGGAAAUGCUAUGGGGUUUAAGUUCUCCUCUGUCUACUGGUUUUGGUUGGCUCAGUGGUACUCACAGGUAUGAGUUUCAGAUCCAGGGAGGGAGUCUGGGCUCCAGCUUGGUGUUCAACUGCUUGGACUUUUGUGCUGGCUUGUGCAUUAUCAGCCAAAAUGACAGUCUUACAAUAGCAGUAACUGAACCUCCAUUAGUGCCUGUGCCCAGCACCGCAUAAAGAACAGGCCGAUCUCUCUAUCAGGGCUGUGCCAAGGAAAAUACAGCCUCUCCCAUCCCUGCCCUUAGGGGCUGGUGAUGCAAGCAAAGCUCCAGGUGACAUCCAGCUUCUGGGUUCUGUGGGCUUAGUAAGGUGUUUGCAUUGCUUUAGUGCCCAGGUUUUAUCACUGCCCUGGGGCCAGACCUGGGAUGAGCUGGUGUGACCAUGGGGGUGGGACGAGAGAGGUCGAUAACACACUGUCCUUUCUGGUGGCCAGCGAGUUAUGGGAAUGUUUGAAACAAUGAAAACUGGUAGCACGAAUAUGAUUUUUCUCCUCUGAUCUCUCAUUAUUAAUUCGGGAGGUUUCAGGCGAGUUGGUUUGGUUAGUUGUUUGACUUUUUUUUUGUUUGGUUGUUUGUUUUUCUGUGUGUUUGUUUUGUUUUGUUUUUUAAACAAAACUCUCAUCUACUGUUAUGUGUGGGAACCGAGAUUAUUGCUCUAUUCUUAGAAAGAAACGAGCUCCCGCCCUGUAAGACCCGGGUUAAUGGUGCAGUCUCCUUUCGGUUGUGCAUCCUGGUGGGAACCCCGAGGAUUUUAGUGGAAACUGAAGUCCUGUCAGUGCGUUCACACAGUUGAAUGCCGAUCAUUUCCCCUGCUCUUUAGGCAGCAUCGAGGAUUAGAACAUGGGUUAUCCAAGUAUCGCUACUGCCUAUGGGGUCGGGGUCGGUGCGGUCUUUUUCAGUGGGGUGGCUAAAAGCUGAGUGUAAGCUGGACACAAGAAGAGUCCGGACACGGGCUGAACGGCCGGGAUGCCUCUUUCCCUCAGUCAGCCUUUUCCCAACCAAGCUUUGCUGGUGGGAUGUCUUGGUAUUCUCCCUACAUUACAAGGGCGUCGUCCUACUCGAAAAGCGAUGUGUGGAUUGGGAUAGUUUGAAGCUGAUGAGGUGCGAGCUUUGCUGCUCACUUAGUGCUUUGAUCGCUAAACUCUUUGGGAGAUCUCUGGCUAGACCGACGGCGCCAAGUUCAAGCUGAGAAGGCCCACGGCUCUGCUAACCCCACCGCCCGGCCGUGGUCCCCGGCGGUGAGGGCUCAGCCCUGGGGAUAGGGACUUCUUGAUAGUGGCCCCCCACGGCUUUUCCCAGGGAGGCUGGUCUCUCCCGAGGUGAGGUGCCGACGGCGGGGCUGGCAGGCCCUGCGAUAUGUUACGUUAUCCCUCAACCCUGCCUCGGACUACCCCUGCGCCCCGACGGUGCGGGCCGGGCUGGGCAGUCUCGGGGCUGCCUUCGGGUACUUGCCCAAUGCGGGACCCCGCGGCUGAAAAGGGGGUGGGUGAAGCCGCGAUGUUAUCGGCACCAUCAGUAUCUUUAAACGCCCGUUUGCGGGGCUGGGCCUGCCCGUGCCCUGCCCGCCGGGGGAGAGGGGCAGGUUUGCACUUCAAGGGGGUCUUCCCGGUUCUGCAGACACGCUGGAGCCAGGGGCUGUAGACAUUUGCCAGACGUGUGAACUUUCCUCCUCGCUGGGAGCUGUUAUCUCUGCUCGAUUCCCACUUUGAUGUGGGUUCACACUUGCAAACGAGCCCACCCGGGACCAGAGCACACAUAUAAGAGGGGGUCGAGCCCUACGGUCCUCCAGCCCCUCUCAACCAUGAACCAGGCCGACCUCCCUUUGGAAGAGACCAAGUCCCACGGGGUCAGGCCCCACAUCUGCUGCGCGCCCCCUCCCUGCGCCCCCACCUCUCUCGGCAGUACCCCCCUCCUGGUCAGAGCCGAGCCUCGACGGAGGGUGUCGCGGCCGAGUCAACCCGCGGACAGCGAGCCCUGCGUGGCAGAGGGGGGCCGAGACAGUCCUCGGGAGCACACCGACCUGUACCCGUCGGAGCCAGCCCCCGACGGCGGCUGUCUGAGUGCCGAUGAGUCUUCGGGCUACGAGAGCGAGAGCGCGGCCGGGGAGCGCAUCGUGGUGGCGGCGCCCGGCGGGACCCGCGAGCGGCAGCGGCGGGCGCGGACCGCCUUCACCUCCGAGCAGGUCUGCCGGCUGGAGAAGACCUUCCAGCGUCAGAAGUACUUGGGAGCCUCGGAGCGGAGGAAGCUGGCGGCUUCCUUGCAGCUCUCAGAGAUCCAGAUCAAGACCUGGUUUCAGAAUCGGAGGAUGAAACUGAAGAGGCAGAUACAGGAUCACCAGCAGAGCCUCGUGUCUCCAGUUCCACUCUACAGCUGUCCCCCGGGAACCCCAACCGCUUUGUUUCAGGAUGGUCUCCACUACCCCUUUGCUCCACAGCACCAGAGACUUCUGCCUUUUACCUCCGUGCCUGCUGUGCAGUUCAGCUUCUCCUUUCCCAGAUAUGAUGCACCACAAAGCACCUACCGCUUUAUGGCAAAUGAGCUGCCAUACUACCAUCAGCCUUUUCUUCCUCAUCCUUCCUUCCAUCCAGUUAUUCAGAACACAAUGGACAAGCAAUGCCACCCUGUGUAUGCAUUAUAGUGAAAACAAAAAGGCACAGGCAAAGAAGAAAAUUGUAUGCUGCAAUGUAAUUUGUGGUCAGAAUCUCUUGUCUGAUUUGGAAGAGUAUGUGUUUAUUAUUUUAAGUUAAAUGUUAAAAUGAAUAAUUUUAUAUUUGUACUAAUAAGUAUUAAAAUUUAUUGGAUGUGAUGCCACUCAGUAAUUUUUUGUUUGAUAGGCUCUUAUUUUUAACUAUCAGUAAUCUAUCUUCAUUCUACAUAUUAGUAAACUGAAAAGAAGCUGCUGAAAGGGAACUGGAGGAGAAAAAGGUGCUUGCUUUUGCCAGACUCCUGUGGUGUAGGGCAAAGCUAUUAAGCUUAGUCUGAAAUGGGCAUGUUAAAAUUCUGGCUUUCACUGCACAUCCCCAGUUUUCCAUAUAUAUAUAUAUGUAUAUAUAAAAUCUGCACAGUUGUAUGUGCCACCUCUAUAAAAGUUGCACUUGUGCAAUGUAAACAACUAUGGACACCUGAACUCUGGUUUUGGGUAAUGGGGAAGGGUUUAGAUAUUUUAAUGCAUCUGAUCUAACUUUCCCACACUCAUGCUGAGAUAUAGUCUGUAUGUUGCUUAGUGUGUUUGGGAACCUGAAUCUUAUCAGUUGCUUUUGGCUAAGUGCAUCCUCCAGAAGGAAGAGGAAGGACAAACUGUUGGUGAGUUUCUCUUAUGAAUAUUAAUAAAUGUAUUGCUUUGCCAUUUCCAUUCCCACUCCCAUCUUCCACCUGGAAGCAUCAUCUGUGUUAAUCACAAUUAUUAAGUCAGUGAACAGGAAUUAAACACUUCAAGCCUUCAGUAUAGAAUUUUAAAGUUCUUUUAAAGUUCUGUAAUUACCAAAACAAAUACUUUGUAAACCACUUAGAAGCAUAAUUGUGUUUGGGUUCAUAGCUAUCUCAUCUGAAUGGGAUUUUAACCUGCAAAUUUGGUCUUUCAUUUACCACUAAAUGUCCAUGAUAAUUUCAUAUUUUGAACCUUUUUUAUUUUUUUUUUUUUUUCAGUAAAUCACGCCCUUUAAUAGAAGGUGUGAAAUUAUAGGCUGACCAUUAAUAGUCAUGCUGC